ACAGUUACAGUUUCUACACGAACAUGGGCAGAUGUUGAGGCUAGUGACUUUAACACAACAGACAGAGGAGGUUAUAUUUAGUGCUUUACAAAACGUCAGCGAAGUGAACUCCUCAGCAUUGAACUGAAACUAACCGAUUCGAACCAAACCGAACGAAAGUAAAACGUUAUGGAACCAGGAAGUGACUUCAUGGUUUUAUUCCGAACUUAAUGUCACGGGACAACGACAGCCGUUCAUCACAUUCGCUUCGUACCUUUCUGGGAGCAUAGUUUCGUUUUACCAUAAAAGGAGUUUGAAAAAGAGGCCCGUCAUGUUCAGUUUCCUCGGCCUGCGUAAAGACUCCAAGAAGUCCACCUCGGACAAGGAGGCAGAUGGAGGCUUUGUUAUCAUCGGAGAGACGGUUGAAGAACAGAGGAGAAAGAUGCAGAGCAUUAACAUCGCACACCCAUCAACAAACGUCAUAGUUCAGCCAUCAAGGUCAUCCUACACCCUUCCAGCUCCACCCUCCAACAGCAUCCAUACAGCUAUGCCCACCACGGGGCAGGUAGCUGGGCCCUCAUCGGCGGAAGCUGCUUCAAGUCUUCCGGAUGUACUCGGGGACAUCCCCUUCACUUUGGCCCCUCACGUCCUAACCAUGCAGACAGGAUUCCAGCUCAUUCCCGACGUGCUGCUGUCCCGGGACAUUAACUACAACCUGGCCAAUUUUCAGUACGACUUCACUUUGGAGAACUCUGUGCUCCAUAAUGCCUAGUUUGUCUGAAUGUCAACAUCCUGGCUGUCAGCAGGGGUUCACACUGUGGCAAAAAUUAGCAGAGUGUUGGUUAUGUGAGACCCAGCUCUUCAAUUUACUGAACCAGCAAAAUGUGUUUCGGUAGGAUUAUGAGGAAAUACAAUCUCACUCAAAUUACAUAUAACAAAGUUUUAGAACUGCAAAGCAGCCUUUCUCUAAUCAACUACCCUUUAGAUUAAUUUCAAACUAUGGCUGUGGAAAUUAAAUGAAAUUGAAAGGAAGCAAGGAAGCAAGGAAGCACGGCAAUCUCCCUGAUGAUGAUGAUGACUCAUUCUAAAUGAAUUGCUUUGUCGGAACACAAUGAACUUGUGCUUGAGUUGUUCCUUGUUGUGUUACUCCCAGUGUGAACAUAAUAAGGAACAGAGGAGUACAGUGUGUUAUGAUGAUGUUAUCCAAAUGGACAGCAUAAUUAUGGGUUAUUACAAUGUGGGUUGAUAACAAUGCACUCAGCAAGACGUUUGUCGAGAUCUGGGGACGCUGCUGCACAGAGGUCAGCGUGGUCAAGCCAAAAAUAAAUACGCCGCAAAUGUUGGUGGCAGUCUAUCAUUGCCCAUAACUACUGUAGGUAUGAUAGGUCAUAGUUGAACCAAGACGUUAGUCAAUAAACUGUGAUGGAUGUUUUACAGUAUGUAGUGUUAUGUUACAGUUCACCUUUCAUUUCUCUUUCAGUUAGGUUUGACUAACCUGGUGAUAUUGUUUACAACCUAUCUGCUUGUUUGAAUCCUUUUUUUUUAUGAGAAUACUUCGACACACCCUGAAUCUGACAGGUCCAGACAAAGUAUCAGGGUUGCGUCCUUUUCAUUUUUUAAAGUUCUGGGCUUGGGUUUGGUUUGUGUUUGAUUAUUUUUUUUAAAUUCAGACGUCUCUUUCCAACGAUACCAAUAGUCUUUUGUUGCAGGUAGAUACUCUAAGCCCAGAGACAGUAGAGAGAGAGAGAGAGAGAGAGUUGUAGCCAUUUUAGCUUGAAAAGCUAACUGUAGUACAAAGACUUUAUACAAAGAUGGAUUCUCUCCACUUAAAAAAAUAUCUUGGUUACGAGUGUUACCGUGUUGUGUUGGUGACUUUGUUUGGAGUCUGCGCCGUAAUGAUGGUGGAGUGGAGCCACAUUGUCAAGGUCUCACUGGUGCACCUGCCCGACCAUCACGAGCCAAUCUUAUUCAGGAGUAGUCAGGUCUACAUAAAACUGGCUUGUAAAAACAUGUGUUGGGGCUGGGUUCACAUCCCAGUCCAAACCACAAAAAAGUUGUACAAAAUUGAAAUUAUCUUUCAGGUCAAGGUAUACUACUAAUGCUAUGAGCUAGGUAUUGUUCAUAUUAGGUUGCCAAUUCCUAAAGCAACGAAAUUUAUUCGACCUCAUUUGAGCAUUUGGCUCCCCAAUGAUGAUGCAAUAACUAUUGAAAACUUGGUCUUAAAAAGAAUCACUUGAUAGAAAGUAAUAAUUCAUGAAUCUUUUGAAUCAUCUGUUUAUGUUGGAGCUAAAAACAAGUAAAGAUUGUCAGAAUGAUAAAGUGAAAAUGUACAGUAAGAAUAUUUUUUAAUUGCUACGGCUCUUAUGUCAAAAUGCCAUUGCAUACAUCCCUUUGUGCAGCAGUUAAUGUUUUGAGUAUUGUACACCUGUUAUUCUCUGCAAAUGACCAUCGUGUCUGAAUCUUGCUUCCUGGCCUUCCAUUUGGCCCCGCAUAUUUGUCCUCGCAUCAUUAAUUAACUCCAUCAUUUAUCCAAUCUGUAUUUGUUCUUUAGUCUCUGCUGUCUUGUGUUUACAGAAACACAUUUUUCAUUAGGUUGCAGUCACAUAUACUGUACGCGUCAUUAGUUAUGGCUUUGAUCAGUAUACUGGUGUACACAGUGAAUACCUCAGAGGUUAAACUGUACAACAAAUUUUUACACGUUGAAACACCGAGAGAUGUGAAGGGCGCGAGCCGUGUCUCUUUUCACCGAUACAGAACAUUAAUGCUAAUCAGGUGAAAAAAUCACUCGCUGUUGUUUGUUUUAAGUUUUCCACAAACUGUUUUGUCCUUAAAAUCAUUGAACCUUUGUGGAUUUGAGAAGAAAAGUCAAAGCCUCAUCUGUUUUUGAAAACAGACAUUUGUGUAGAUAGACAUGAUUAAUUGAAAGUGCUUGAAUUUAUACAUUUUUGGCAAAAAUAUAAUUUCUUGUGAAAUUUAUUUUUAACCCAACAUUAUUGAAAUGGACUUUGUGCUGCUGUCAGCAUGUCUCCCGCCAUCUCGUGUGCUGUGUUGGAGCUUUUGUUUUUUGUUCAUGGUAAUUGCAUAAAUCAUAUUGUAUCCCUUGUGCUUUGUAACCGGUAAACACUAUAGAAUCCAGGCUGUCUCACUUACCCAGUAAUCCAGCUUUACAGUUUUUGCUUUGAGUACUGUUGUCUUGGACUGAUGCGUACUUCCUGGUUUGAAUCAUGGUCCCAGCAGGGUCCAUGAAGCUGGAUGGACCUACUGUAUGUCAUUACCUGGGGUGAUGUCCAAUUUGGUGUUAGGUUAUUUUGAGAAAUACAUUUAUUUACAUCCCGAAUUUCCCCGUUGUGGGACGAAUAAAGGUACAUCUUAUCUUACAUAGUCAUGAAUUUACCCAGGAAUGCUGUAAUUUUACCUCUGGUCGUUUGUAACUUGGUCUCUUUAAAAACCUGUUGUGCCUUUUACACAGUAUGCAGCCCACAUGCCUUUCAGAUUGUACCUUUCCCUCUCACUAAAGUGUAUUUUUCAUGAACCAAGCUGUUCCCUGGUUUAAAGCAUAUGUUGAUGAUGGUGUGGUGUUUUCUCGGUUGUGACUGUGGAUGUAAACUUACUUUACAAAUAAAUGGGAUGACUGUG